UGUUGGUGAGAACUGUACACGAUCUUUGAGGUUUGAUAUGUGACACGUCAGGUGGCAGGGGGCUUAUUCAGCCGUGCCUUGGCUUAUUGUUAAAGUGUUUCAUAACGAGGAGGGAAUUCGUGUAUCAAUGUAAUGGACUUGCAAUAAAGUAAAAGGAAAUCGUCUCUCCUCUGCAGAUUUGUGAGUUGUCCAGCACCCCUGAUUCAGCUUUGAUUUGUUUCAGCUAUGUCAUCCCAGAAGGCAUGCCAGCACUGUGGCUGCAGCGAAAUCGAUAGGGAUCCAGCACGUGGAGACGCCGUGUGUACCAACUGCGGAUCCGUCCUCGAAGACACCAUCAUAGUGUCAGAGAUUCAGUUUGAAGAAAAUGCUCACGGAGGGUCAAGGGCCAUCGGACAACUCGUUAGCUCAGACGGUACCGGUGGUCGAACUCUAGGUCUCUAUCAAGGGAAGGAGUCUAGGGCAAUUACUUUACAGAAUGCACGACGGAAAAUAGUGCAGGUGGCGGAGAGGUUGAGGCUGAAUCAACAUUGCAUCGACACAGCCUUCAACUUUUACAAGAUGGCUUUAACGCGUCACCUGACACGCGGACGACGCAACUCUCACGUUGUGGCAGCGUGCAUUUACAUGGUGUGUCGCAUCGAAGCAACUCCCCACAUGUUGUUGGACUUGAGUGACAUAGUUCAAGUGAACGUCUAUGAUUUGGGCAAGACAUUCUUACGACUCUCAAGUGCCCUUUGUAUCAACAUUCCAGCCAUUGAUCCCUGCCUGUACAUAGUACGUUUUGCUCAUCAUUUGGAAUUUGGGGAGAAAACGCACCAAGUGUCCAUGACAGCCCUGCGCAUGGUACAACGCAUGAAACGGGAUUGGAUGCAUACGGGACGUCGUCCGUCUGGUCUUUGCGGGGCAGCCUUGGUGGUGGCGGCCAGGCUGCACGACUUCCAUCGCACAGUCAAGGAUUUGGUUCGGGUUGUCAAGGUCUGCGAGACAACCAUUAGGAAAAGGUUGACAGAGUUUGGUGAAACCCCUUCGAGUCGCCUCACAUUGGAAGAAUUUAUGACAAUAGACCUAGAGGAAGAACAAGAUCCUCCUUGCUUCAAGGCAGCACGAAGGGUUCCUCCAGUUACGGCUACACGGGAGAUAUCCAAGUUGCAGAAACAAAUUGAGAGAGCUCUCGAGGACAGGAGGGCAAAAGUGCGAGGACGUUUUGCCCGAUACGCUCAAGAGAGUCAACGAGAGGAGCAAGAAAUAUCUGAGAGUUUCAUCAUGGGCGAGACACUAAGCACAAUCACAGAAUGUGUUGGGACCCAGCGACCCACAGCUGCUGCUCUGGGUCUCAAAGAAAGUAUUGAAGAAUGUAUGAGGAUAAGAGAUAAACUAGAAGUAGUGGAAGAAAGUGGGGAACUAGAUCUGGAAGGGCUGGACGAGGAGGAAUUAGAUUCUUACAUAAUGACGGAUGCCGAAGUAAAGCUCAAGACAAAAUUUUGGACGACUCACCAUGCAGAGUACCUAAAGGAGCUCAAAGAAAAACAAGAUAGAAAAGCUGAGGAAAGUGAAAGUAGCAAGCCUGAGCCAAAAAAGCGGAAACGACGCAAGAAGCCCAACCUCCAGGCCAAUACAGCGGGUGAAGCCAUAGAAAAAAUGCUGCAGGAAAAACGCAUCUCGAGCAAAAUUAAUUAUGAUGUGUUGAGAAGCUUGUCAGACGACCAACAACAGGCCUCAAGGACAGCUGAAGACUCGAGGUUGAAGAAGGUGAAGAAGGCUCCUCCCACCCAACAGCUAUCUUCCUUGAUAUCCACUAUUAAGUCCAUUGCACAGAGCCAACCCGAGGAGGAGAAGAAAGACAACGAUGAGCCACAACAAGCUGCAAUUGAGCAAAGACUCGUUGCAGAUGAUGAUGAUGAUGAUGAUUUUGAUGAGCAGCAGUUGAGCGUAGCACAGCUUUUGGGACAGCAUCGAGGGGAACAAGUAGAGGAGUACUAUGUGGAGGACGACUACUUAGAAGACUAGUUAUUAUCCAUCCUCGCUAUAUGAUUAAUAAAUUUUCUUUCUGCUA